GGUUUGGGGAGAUAUUUGCUUGUAUCUGUAUCCAAAUAUGUAAAAAUUGUCUAUGUUUCUAACAAACUUUGAAAUGGGCGGUUGUACGCGCUAUAUUUAUUUAUUUAAUUUGGCUUAAACUGGCUUUAAAUUCGCAAAUCAACAUCAUAGAACUCGAUUUGUUUAUUACCUAAUAGAACUUACCAGAGAUAUACGGUAAUUAUGGAAUCAGACUGGCAGAUAAAUUGCAGUGAAAUGAAGCAACGUGGUGCGAUGCUUUUGCAAACUGAAGAAUGGUCGGAUUGCACUUUGGUGAUGGGCCCUAAAGCUGUACCGGUGCGCGCCCAUAAGCUCAUGCUGGCCAUGGCGUCCCCUGUGUUCGAGUCGUUGUUUUACUACGACUCGCUGGACAACACAGACACGUUUCGAAUACCCGAUGUGAAACCCAAGACCCUCAAAGCUUUGUUGAAUUAUAUUUACACUGAAAACAUUAGCAUAAGCUCGUUCAAGAAAGCGUACAAGCUGUAUAUGGCUGCUAAUAAGUACCUUAUACCACAACUGGCACGAGUAUGUGCAGAGUACAUGUGCUGCAAUCUGAGCAUGGAGACUGCAUGCCUCGCGUACCAAGCAGGAUGUGAGCACCAAGACCACAUGCUUAUGUAUGAGAGCUUACAGAUAAUAAAACUAAACAUAAGAGACAUACUCCACCACAAGAGUUUUGAGGAGUUGGACCUAGCUACUGUGGUGAGUAUACUAGGCAAGGAAGACAUCUGUGUGGAGGAGUUGGAGCUGUACCGCGCCGUCGAGAAGUAUGCGCAUGCGCAUCUCACCCGUAAACGAGGCUCUAGUGCGUCUAAUGGUGAUCCCCAAUCAGAACCAGUAUAUUGCCCAUCGAUCCGUAAGGCGUUGGAGCAGAUUAGAUUCCUGACAAUGAGUCUGCAAGAGUUUGCUCAAGGGCCGGCGCGGGCGGGGCUGCUCACCCCGGGGGAGGCGCUAGCCGUGAUGGUGGCUAUAGCUGGGGCUGAGACGCAGCUGCCCGCCGGAUUCUCUACCAGUCGCACGCCGAGAUACAUAAGGCCGCCUUCAUCAACGCCGGCCCCAGGCCCGGAGCAAGGCGUGGUCCGCGUGAGUCUCCGCGCCUCAGACGAGGCUUUGCAGUCGGCCUCUGCCCCGCUGCAGCUGCAGCGCCUGUGGACACUGCGAGUGCUGCCCGUGCUGCACACCACUACCUACAACCACCGCCAAGACUACCUUGGAGUGUUCCUCAGUUGCUCGGACCCAGAGCCGGCGCCGUGGGCGUGCGCGGUGCACUGCACGGUGACGCUGGAGGCGGCCGCAGGCGACCACCACACGUGCAGCAUCGACAGGACGUACUCCAGCACGCAGAGAGAGCACGGCGCCCCUCAGUUCGUGCGGCGUGAGCUGGCGCUCCAGAGGUUCGUACGCGACGGGCGGCUCUGCUUCCAAGCGAGGGUCGUCGUACGCAGGGCUGACUCUAACGUUUAAAUUUAAUGACCCAUGUAUAAAUACAAUACAGGUGUUAGCGACACCAUCCGUGUUUUAAAAUAUAUUUUUAAUUCUUUAUUUUUGGAAUAUUAAUCAUGGACUGAAUAGUCCCCCUCAGUAUUCGGUACAGUGUGACUAACAUCCUGCAUAUUAAAAAAAAUAUACGUAUUAGUUAUUCAAUGAUAAUACUAUAUACAUUUAUGUGUUCCGCGCCGAUACGAGCAUGAACAUAAUUCAAGUUGAUUUUUAUUUUUAUAUCAUUUUAUAGCGUUCACUCGUGCUUAGGGAAAAAAUUAAAUCGAAACAAAUUCUGACACGGACGGUAAUUGAACUCGCAACUCACGUGUUAACCAUUACACCACCGCGGGUUCUCCUGUCCAUGCGAAAUUCUUUCGAUGUAUAUAAGCCUACGCCGCGGCGCGGCGCCAUCUAUCGAGACUAUAGAGUACUAAUAUUUCUUAGACCGAUAAUUCUUAAUAGAUAUAAUUCGAGUUAUUUACUAUACGAGUAUUCCUGUAAUAGUGUAAUAUUAUUAUGUUGUGAUUAAAGUGUUGAU